CAAAAGCCUCCAUUUUCUUCUCCUCUCCCUUUUCAAUUCAACAACCUCCCCUCUCCCUCGUGUCUUGAUUAAUUGUCAAAACAAGCGAAAAAAAGAAAAAGGAAAAAAAGAAUCAUCGUACUCAUGCACUCUUUCCCACAACAUCUUCUCUUUUCUAAACUUAAUUCAUCUAAUAUCCUCUUCCGUUCUGUCAGUGUGCCGUGUGCCAAGAAAGCAUACCCAGCAAGCAAGCCACAGCCAGAAUUUACAAUUAAUAUUCAAGGUUUAGAGAAGAGAGACAAAACAUGAACAUGGUAUCGGUUUCAGCGGUGUGCAAGGCGGUGGCGAGUAUCAACCCGGGACUGACGAUGUCUCCGCUGUCGCUGUUCAGGCAGCGCAACAAGGAAAAGGUUGUGGUCAUAAUGGGAGCGACGGGGACAGGAAAGUCAAAGCUUGGCAUAGACCUUGCCACUCACUUCCCACCAGCGGAGAUAGUCAACUCCGACAAAAUGCAAGUGUACGAAGGUCUCGACAUCACCACCAACAAAGUCACAGAAGACGAGUGCCGAGGGGUCCCACACCAUCUCCUAGGCACUGUCCAACCCAACAUUGAUUUCACUGCCGACGACUUUUGCCACCACGCCACCCUCGCCGUCGGCUCCAUUUUGAAACGCGACGGCUUGCCCAUCAUUGCCGGUGGCUCUAACUCUUUCCUCGACGCCUUGGUCAACCACUACCCUGACUUUCGCUUGCGCUACCACUGUUUGUUCCUCUGGGUCGACGUCUCCCUCCCUGUCCUCCACUCCUCUCUCUCCGCACGUGUUGAUCGCAUGAUCCGCGCCGGGCAGGUCGACGAGGUUAGACCAUUUUUCCAAUACCACAACCGCGACUACACCCUGGGCAUUCGAAAGGCCAUUGGCGUCCCCGAGUUUCAUUCCUUUUUCCAGGCCGAAGCCGACGGAGCCGACGAGAGGACCAAGGAGAAGCUCCUCCAGGCUGCCAUUGCCUCCAUCAAAAUCAACAACUGCAACCUCGCCACCCGACAGCUCCACAAGAUCCACCGCCUCCACGCCAUUUUCAAACGGAACAUGCACCGCCUCGACGCCACCGAAGUUUUCCUCAGGAGCACUCCCCAAGAAGCAGAGCAAGCGUGGGAGGAUCACGUUCUGUCCAAAAGUCGAAGGAUUCUUCACAACUUCCUCUACGACGACGCGCAUGUUGAUGUUGCUCUUGCUUCUGUUAUCGCUUCUUCUUCGCCGCCCAUGGCCGCAGCCGCCGCAACUCGCUAGAGACAGGCCGCCACAUAAUCUAGCACUAUAGAGAAAGUUAAAUUAAACGUCACCACUGACCUGCCUCCGAUGACACUACAUGCCAUUUCAAAUAUCUAUUUUUUUUUUCUAAAUGUUUUAACAACUUUUUUUUUUUACCAAUUUUUUUACGAUGGAUCAUGUGAUUGUUUUAUUGGUGCGUAAACCAAUCACAAACUACACAUAAACCGUUAUAAAAAAAUUGUAAAAGAUAAAAGUUGUUAAAAUAAUAUUUUUCUUUUAUUUUUAGUUUUGUUUGGUUUCACACAAAAAAAGGUUUACUUACUAUAUGUAUAAUCUUUUGUUACUCGCUACAAUAUGAGUAACGUGUUACUAUAUCAUCGCCCAAAUACUACUUAACAGUGAUCCACGACUUAGUUAUAUCAAUGAAAGCUCACCUUAUUAUGUCCA